ACAGGGCUAGGUAUGAACAAGAAACAGAAAGCUUCAGACAAACAGUUAUCGAAUGAAAAUCGAUCCAAACUGGACGGGUUGUGUUGGACUGCAUGUCUUUUUUGUCGUUAAGAGGAGAGUGAUAGGGAACAAAAGACAGGAGUCAUCUCCGGCAAAACUAUGCUGAACCUCUUUAAACAGCAGUUUGGAUCUCUGGGGAAGGCACAGGAUGCCACUGACCUUCUCACUGAGGAUCUGGCACUGGUGGAGCAGAGGGUGGAGCCAGCCAAGAAGGCUGCCCAGAUCAUUCACAAGAAACUGGUUGGCUGUCUGCAGAGCCAGCUGGGGCUAGAUGCGGAGAAGCGAACGAAAAAGCUCCCGCUGAUGAUGCUGUCCGUCAGCAUGGCAGAAAGCUUGAAGGAUUUCGAUGGAGAGUCCCCCAUAAGGAAGGUUCUGGAGAUGUGUUGCUUCAUGCAGACUCUUCUAGCCAAGACUCUCGCAGAUUUUGAGGUGCAGCUGGAGAAGGAAGUGUUGGAGCCCCUCAAUAAACUCAGUGAGGAGGACCUGCCAGAGAUUCUGAAGAAUAAGAAGCUGUUUGCCAAGCUGACGACUGACUGGCACAAUGCCCGAAACAGGUCCCAGGCCAGCACGGGACCCCAGGCCAAGCAGGACGGACUCAGGGAGGAGGUGGAGGAAGCCUGGAGGAGGCUGGAGAGCAUCAGGGACCAAUACUCUGCAGAUCUCUAUCAUUUUGCCUCUAAAGAGGACGACUACGCCAACUUUUUCAUCCGUCUACUAGAACUACAGGCUGAAUAUCAUAAGAACUCAUUGGGCUGUUUAGAGAAGAACCUUACAGAACUGAAAGAAAACCACAGCCAAUCAGGCCCCAAGCUGAGUGGCCCCUCAGGGAAGGUGUACGGGGCUCCUCUGCUGUCCCACCUGCAGCACAGCGGCAGGCAGAUCGCCGCGCCCAUCCGGGAGUGCGUCCUCAUGCUGCUGCAGAGGGGCCUCAGGGAGGAGGGUCUGUUCAGACUGGCAGCCGCAGCCUCUGUGGUGAAGAGGCUCAAGAGCAGCCUGGACAGUGGCAACAUCGACCACAGCGAGUUCCACUCUGACCCACAUGCAGUGGCAGGAGCCCUGAAGUCUUACCUCAGAGAGCUGCCUGAACCUCUCAUGACCUUUGAACUCUACAACGAUUGGUUCAAAGCAGCUGGGGAGAAGGAGGUAGCAGACAGACUGGAACAGCUGAGGAGAGUGCUGUGUAAACUGCCCGCAGAGAACUACAACAACCUCCGGUACCUGGUGCAGUUCCUAUCGCGUCUUUCAGAGAACCAGGCUGUGAACAGGAUGACCCCAAGCAAUAUUGCCAUUGUGCUGGGACCCAAUCUACUGUGGCCCCGCACUGAAGGGGUGGACUCUUUGCUGGACAUGGCAUCGGCCUCCUCUGUGCAGGUGGUCACUGUGAUUGAGCCACUCAUACAGCACGCCAACAGCCUGUUCCCUGAAGAGGCGGAUUUUGGGGUUCCUGAACCCCAGGGCUGCCCGGACCUCACAGUGCCGCUCUCCGCACCCCCUGAUUCUGCGACAGAGAUGAGCCCUGCUGCCUCUCCUCCUCCAUCCAGCACUGACAGCUCUUUGUCUGAGGAACGUUCUGAUUCACCCAUAGUAAAGUCAGGCUUAAUAGCACGCCGGACCUCUAUGUGGGAGAACCCCACCUCCGACGCUGCUAGCCAAAAGGCCUCCCAGAACCAGGACCAAAAACCAGCUUGUGACCUGACCCAGACCCAGCAGUCCCACCUAGAACAGCCCACCACAGACCAGCCCCCUAGCUCCCCUCGACAGGUCACAGCACCAUGUAAAGCUAAGAGAACCUUCCAGCAACAGAUACCGCCACAACCAGCGGCCCGCGCUCAACGCAAGCCCUCAGCCCCUGCCGCUCCCUCAAGCCAGGCAACGGCUCCCACGACCCAGCAGAAGCCCGAAAUCAAGGCCCAGGCCUCCUUCAACAACAAGAACAAGACCAAAAAGGGCACGGUCAAAGCUCCCAGCUUCCCGCCCCCACAGCCACCACAGCCAAUCAAUAAGUAGCUCAGCGAACAGGGACAAUCACGGAAUUCCAAGUGCAAAUCUUCUGUCUCACUUCACUGACAAGUCUACAAUUGUCAGUGUUGCCUCUCUUUUGUUGGCUCAACAAUGCCACCGUAGAAGACAUUAAAACUGUACACACUUAAUGUGUGUCACAUACAGAUGUACAGAGGCAGUUUCAAAUUCAAACUGCGUCUUCCCAGGUAAUGGGUAUUUUUUUCCUCAAACUAAGGCUAACAGUCAUAUGCAGCUUUUACUUAGUAAAUAUCGACUGGUAUCCAGCUAGAAAUACGUAAGACUUCAGAAGGUCUUUAUUGCAUUGCAGACCUCAGAUGUCAAUAACCCUAGCAGUACAAUGCCUCCUCAUGGCCACCCUGAGCCUGUGCCACAGCCUCGAUUUAAACUAGCAACCUCCAUGCUAUUGACAUUCUCUAGUAACCUUAUUUGUCAGUCCUCUCGGUCCAACAAAUAUUUUUGUAAGUCAGAUUCUAACUUGUAUCUUUAAGCUUUGCAAGACUUUUAUCCUGAUUUUCUAUUGUGUAUUGCACUGCGUUUCUGUGUGGGUCUGGGUCCACUGGGGCAUACCAAAAAAGCUCAGUCAAUUAUGUAAAUACAACA